UUCGUUCUAAACACUUGCCGAUCAAGUAAGUAAAAGAGACCAAAGUUGAGGAAAUAUCAAAAGUAGUCUCAAGUUGCCUCCAAACAAGACAUUGGAUAUUAUCCACUUCACUUUAUUGAACUUAUCGCCAAUCGCCAUAAACCGCUUACCAAUCAAUAUAAUUAUUAAUAGCACUCCUAGUUUAAAGUAUCAGUAACAGUUUCAGUUAAUAAUCAGAUAGUAAAUAGUUCGAAAUGGACGAGAAAUCGCAGCCCACCGACAUUCAGAACUACUACCAAGAUCGAUCUCUAUUUUUGACGGGAGUGUCGGGAUUUUUGGGAAAAGCGUUAUUGGAAAAAUUGCUCAGAUCAUGUCCCAAAAUUGGCACGAUAAAUGUACUCAUUCGACCAAAGUCUGGAUUUGAUCCUGGAUCCAGAUUACGGACAAUUUUUCAAUCACCCAUAUUUGACCUCCUGAAAUCACAAAACCCGGGUGCGCUGAACAAGGUGCGUGCAAUUGGGGGCGACAUAACUCUUCCACAUUUGGGGAUCAGUGAGGAUGACCGUCGUCACUUGACUGAAACGGUCUCCGUGGUCAUCCACUCUGCAGCCAGCGUCAAGUUCAAUGAGCCGAUUAAAGUAGCUCUAAACAUCAACUAUCACGGGACUGCGCGGAUCCUGGAGCUGUGUCAUGAAAUGCCACUAUUGACUUCUUUUGUGCACGUUUCCACUGCGUAUUCGAACUGUGACUUGGAGCAUGUUCCAGAGAAAAUAGUUCCCUCCACCGUUCGACCCGAGGAUAUUGACGCUCUCAGCGACGAGGACGCUGUCAAACUAACGCCAGCCUUGAUUGGUGACAAACCCAACACCUACACCUUCACAAAGUCCUUGGCUGAAAACCUCCUCCGGAAGGAAGGAGCCCAACUCCCCAUUACCAUUGUUCGACCAUCCAUAAUUGGAGCAGCCUGGCAAGAACCGCAACCAGGUUAUGUCGAUAGCACGUGCGGCGUUACGGGUGUGAUGGCCGCCAGUGGGAAGGGCUUCCUCACCUGCAUGUGUGGUGAUGGGGCCAGCGUUGCCGACGUCAUCCCCCUCGAUGUCACUGCCAAUCUGAUCAUUGCAGCCGGAUAUGACAUCGCCCAAACGAGAUCCUUGGACAUUCCCGUGUACAACUGCUGCACGGGUCCCGUGAACCCUGUGACCUACGGGAAGAUUUGGGACUACACGUUGGAGCAGUAUGAAGAAGCGACCCCUCUCAACGGCGUCCUCCGCUACCCAAGUCUCACCUUCCGCGUCUCCCUCCUCCGCUUCCACCUCAUCAACUUCCUCUGCACCUUCCUCCCCUGCCUCGCCGCCGACACGGUGGCCUACUUGGGAGGCGGCAAGGUCAAAAUGAUGCGAGCAUACCGCAGACUCAUCAACUCGGUCGUGGUUUAUCACUACUUUGCCUCCAACCAGUGGUCCUUCGAGUCCUCCAACUUGGAGCGACUUAACCAGCGGCUCAGUCCGGCCGACAAAAACAUCUUCUUCACCAACGUGAAUGAGAUGGAGUGGCGAAGCUACAUUCGAAACUAUGCGCGUGGAAUUAAAACCUGGAUUUUCAAAGAAGACGCUAAUGAUGUCGAGGAAGCCAGGAAACGAAUGUUGAGAAUGUACUGGAUUCAAAAGGUUCUUUUGAUGGUCACCAUUUCCAUUCUGUGGUCAUACGCAGUCAGGCCGUUAAUGUUUUUGUUCGUGUCGCACGUGUAACGAUUUAAUGUAAAUACAAUAGUAAUAUUCUGAUUGUGUAUCUCGUCAAUAAAUUCAGAUUUUUUAUACUAAUGCAUAAACUAA